AUGGCCUCCACCGGGGCGCUCCAGGCGGCGGCCGUCUGCACGUUGCUCCUGUUCGCCGGCCAGCUGCUCCCCACGGCCACGCCGGCGCCGCCGGACAGCUGCGCCCCAGGCGACGCAAAGUGCCUGGCCUGCUAUAACAAGUGCGUGGAGCCCUGCCGGCGGGACCCGACCCAGUGCCGUGCGACCCUCCUCUGCGGGCCGAAAUGCGCGCAACAGACGUCGAGCCCCCCUUCGCCGCCGCUGCCGUCGCGGGAGAGUGGCAGGUGUGGCCCGACCAACGCAAAGUGCCAGGCCUGCGUGAAGAAGUGCGGGGAAAGAUGCCGGCGGGACCCGACGCAGUGCCGUAUGACCAUGUACUGCGAGCCGGGGUGCGCGAUACAGACGGCGAGCCGCCCGCCGGCGAAGGACAUUUGCGGCCCAACCAAGGCGAGGUGCCUGUCCUGCGUUAACAAGUGCAGGGAAACGUGCCAGGGGGGCCCGAUUAGUUGUGGCGGGCUCCAAGACUGCGAGACAGGAUGCACGCACCAGAAGCAGUAG